AAACACCUGCAUCAUUUAAUCUUUUUUGAUUUCCUUAUUUCAAUAGAUCACGAAUAAGUUGAUUCCAGGAAAUCACUUUGAUGUAGGUGCACAAUCUGAUCCCGGUGUUUUAUUUUUGUUAAGGUUCAAAUGAUCAUCCUGUGUUAUUUAUUGGUGACAAGACUAGUCAUGCAGGAUUUUUAAAACGUGGGAAAUUGUUAUUCGGAUGUUGUCUAACUAGCUUCGCAUCUGCAAUUAUCCCUUAUUCUCGGGUUCAGGUACCUGACCAUUUUCUACUUAAAUACUUUUGUCUUCUAUUCAUAUUGAUUGAUGCUACUGUUUAUAAUAUUAUUCAUUAUGAACAAAACUUCAAUAAUUUCCUUCGACUAUCUUGAAGAGAUGGAAGAACUACCAGAUCCUGCAAUAAGAACUUGUAACUAUCAAUUUAAUACUGUAAGUACUCAAGUUGUUAUGUACGUUCUACAAGUCGGAUAUGCCCUCCCUGUAUCUAUUCUGUACCUUUUCGUAAUUCUGAAAAUUCUUAGAGCUCACAAGUCAGAGCAGAUGUUUUCAGAUGCAUAUUUCAAAAUUUAUGUUCUCGAUGGAGUUGUGAGCUUGAUAGUAGUUAUCUUGGACUACGGUCUGACUCGUCCAUUGAUAUAUAUUAAUCCUUUAUGCUUUUUAUUCUGGAAUUGGUUUCCGGAGCCAACAUACAUUUUGACGCCGUAUUUGUUUGGAUUCAACUAUUUUCAAUUCGCAAAAAUCUUCUCCAUAUCGCUAUUGUCGGCUAACAGAUUCACUUGUGUUGCGUACCCAAUAUGGCAUAAAGUGUUUUGGAAAAAGCACACCAAUAACGUCAUUAUUGUUUCUCUGAUAUGCCCUGCACUUUUCACGUGGCAACUUGCAAUCUCACCGACUCGAUUUGAUCCUUACGUUGGCGAGGGAAUCUUGGGAUAUGUGAAAGUUGUACCUUUUGUGCGGACAACAUUUUUCAAACUAAUUGUCAGUCUUUCUGCAUUUAUUUUUAUGUUGAUAACAAAUAUCAAAACAUAUCAACUCACAAAAAAGUUCAAGAAUAAAUUGAAAAGUUUGGAGUUAUCUCUGACAUUGGCAACUGUCGUUAUCAGCGCAGUUUUUGUAAUUUAUAUUAUUAUUCAAGCGGUUUUGCUGAUUUUUUCCACUUCGUUUCUCGUUGAAAAUUUGUCCUUUGGUAGUACUUUAAAGAAAAUAGAGUUCAUCUGCAACGAUUUUUACCUAAUGAGCUCUCCAAUAGUUCUUAUUAUAAUGAACAAACGACUACGAGGUUCUCUAUUCAAGGUGGCUCCUGGAAUGACACAAAACUCAUCAGCGCCUAGAAUGUCUACAACAAAUGAAAAUACUGUUAGGAUUAUUGUAAAAUCACCACCAGCUAAAACCAUUACAAUGUGGUAAUUGAAAUUUGUUUUUUUUUUGUUUAGUAAAUAGUUUUUUGUCGUA